AUGCAAGGGGAAACUUAUCGAGUCUUCUGCGUCGGAACCGUCGAUACGAAGCUUGAUGAGCUACGAUUCCUCGCCGGAUCAGUUCGAUCUAAUAUCGGCGCCUUCUCGAACAACUCAUCUUCCAAGGUUGAGGUUGUGAUUGUGGAUGUUUCGGCGAGUGCUGAUCAUAAGGGGAUUGAGAAUGUUGCGGACUUUGCAUUUGUAACAAGACAACAACUUCUCUCAUACUAUUUUGGAUCUACCGAGAAAGUGGAACUUCCCGAUGAUAGAAGUGAGGCAGUUAGUGUGAUGAGUAAAUGUCUUGAGAAGUUUCUAAGGCAAGCUCUUGAGGAGAAAUCUCUUGGUGGAGCAAUAGGUCUUGGCGGAAGCGGAGGAACGUCGCUCAUAUCAUCUGCUUUUAGGACUCUUCCGAUUGGGAUCCCAAAGGUCAUUGUGUCGACUGUGGCCAGUGGUCAAACCGAGCCUUAUGUUGGGACAUCAGAUUUGGUCUUAAUCCCGUCCGUAGUAGAUGUCUGUGGGAUCAACAGUGUUAGCAGGGUGGUGUUUUCAAAUGCUGGGGCUUCUUUCGCGGGUAUGGUAGUCGGGAGGCUUGAGACGUUUAGAAGCUCUCCAAGCGAGGAGAAGGGGAAAUGUACAGUGGGUGUAACUAUGUUUGGGGUAACAACUCCCUGUGUAGAGGCAGUUCAACAAAUAUUGACUAGAGAAGGCUAUGAGACACUUGUGUUUCAUGCCACUGGUGUCGGUGGCAAAGCAAUGGAAUCUCUGGUUAAACAAGGUUUUAUACAGGGAGUUAUGGAUAUUACAACAACCGAGGUUGCCGACCAUUUAGUUGGAGGGGUGAUGGCAUGUGAUAGUUCCCGUUUCGAUGUUAUCAUAGAAAAAGAAGUACCGUUGGUGUUAAGUGUUGGUGCCUUAGACAUGGUGAACUUUGGUAGCAAAGAUACAAUACCGUCUCACUUACAAACGAGAAAGAUUCAUGUCCACAAUGAACAGGUUUCACUCGUCCGAACAACAGCAGAAGAGAAUAAAAUUUUUGCAAGGUUUAUUGCAGAUAAACUGAACAAAUCAACAUCAAAAGUGAGGGUUUGCCUUCCAGAGAAAGGUGUCUCAGCACUGGAUGCUCCAGGGAUGCCUUUCUGCGAUCCAGAAGCCACUGGCGCUCUCAUAAGUGAACUGCAGAGGCUUAUUCACCCAAGUGAAGACAGAGAGGUCAAUAGAUAUUCUCACCACAUCAAUGACCCUGAGUUUGCAGAGGCAUUGGUUGCUUCAUUCCUUGAGGUCUGUCCGAAAACCAACGCAGAAAUCAAACCCUCUGAAACGGCUUCAACUAAACCUAGCAUUGGAGAGCCUGAUGCUGGACAUGCGUCUGAAACAAUGUUGAGGACUGAAAGGAUUCCAUAUAGUCCCAAAGAUUUCCCCAAGGCAAAACCAGAAACCCUUGAACGAACUCAGACCAUUUUGAGACGGCUAAGAGAUCAGAUAGAGAAGGGAGUACCAAUAAUUGGGGGAGGUGCUGGUACGGGAAUAUCUGCAAAGUUUGAGGAAGCUGGUGGGAUUGAUUUGAUAGUGAUAUACAAUUCUGGACGUUUCCGUAUGGCUGGGAGAGGAUCCUUGGCAGGCUUACUUCCAUUUGCUGAUGCCAAUGCAGUCGUGCUUGAAAUGGCUAAUGAAGUUUUGCCAGUAGUGAAGGCGGUGCCUGUUCUUGCUGGGGUAUGCGCGACCGAUCCAUUUCGACGUAUGGAGUAUUUUCUGAAGCAGUUGGAGUCCAUUGGGUUUGUUGGAGUCCAGAACUUUCCAACUGUCGGUCUCUUUGAUGGUAAUUUUAGACAGAAUCUCGAGGAGACGGGAAUGGGAUAUGGGCUGGAAGUUGAAAUGAUCUCAGAAGCGCAUAAAAUGGGGCUAAUGACCACUCCAUAUGCUUUCAACCCGAAAGAAGGAGAAGAAAUGGCGAAAGCAGGAGCUGAUAUAAUAGUAGCACACAUGGGUCUUACGACAGCCGGGAAUAUUGGGGCCAAAACCGCAGUCUCAUUAGAAGAAAGCGUUGUCCGUGUACAAGCUAUUGCAGAUGCUGCUCGUAGAUUCAACCCGGACAUCAUCGUGCUCUGCCAUGGAGGCCCGAUAUCGGGGCCAGAGGAGGCUGAGUUUGUGUUGAAGAGAACAAAGGGCUGUGUGCAUGGCUUCUAUGGAGCAUCAAGCAUGGAGAGGCUACCUGUAGAGCAAGCUAUAACAAGCACUGUUCAAAAGUACAAGUCCAUUGCGAUCAAGUGA